AUGCACCCUGGCACCUGUGACAUCGCAGGACCCGCGUCACAAUGGGGGCAGCUAUCAGCCCAAGCAGCAGGCAACGCUGCUGCAGUACAGCCUCGGCGAGCGGCGAGUGUGCAGCACACAGGAGGCUGUGCUGAGCGCAGGACGAGGGCGGCAGGAAGGCGAGUGCCCGGGGAGCCGCCUCUCUCCAGGCAUCCAGAGGCCAAUUCCCUGCAGGACUGCCUUAGGCAGGGCACGGUGCCACAGGCCUCGCAGCCUGCCAGCUGCCUGGGCCCCUCCUCCCUGCCUGCAGAGAGAUCCCUGGCACUCCUGUCCCCACUUCCCCUAUCAGCACCUCCCUCCCAUCCCCGCUCAACCCCUACUCAAACUUCUCAGGCCAUGAUUGCUACUACAUUCCUUCUUUUGAUUGUGCAAGGCCUCAUCCAGUACCCGCAGCGGGCCGGGGAUGGGCUGGAUGAGGCCGCACGGGAGCGCAUGCAGCAGCGCGCCGAGUAUCUGGACCAGGAGAUGACUCGGCUGGUUCAGGAGCUGGAGCAGAAGAACCUGGAGCACAGUGCUGUGGCCUGGGGAGCCCUGCUCAUCUGGCAGUUCUGGGCUGUGACUGGAAUCCUCGUCCUUCUCUUGGCGCUGUGGUUUGGACUCCACAAAAUCAGAUGUGAUCCAGGCAACAGUGACCACAAGGAGAGGUCCAGCAGCAACGUGGUGGAGGAGGAAGGAGAAGGAUACAAGGUGGUUGUAAAGAGAGAGAUAGAAAGCGACCAUGCAAAUGCGGAAGAGAACAAUAAGGAUGGAAAUGAAGAAGGUGGCAAUGUGGAUGCAGAGGCAGAAAACAAUGAUGGCAGUGAAGUAAAAGAAAGUUCUGAUGAUCCAAAGGAAGACGUAAACAACGAUGAGAGGGGGGAGGAAGUCAAUGCUACUGGAAAUGAAGAAGACAAACACCCUGCAAACGAAGAAGACGGUGGCCACAAUGUCAAAAGGCACCUUGGAAGCCUUUUGGAGGAGCGCAUACAGUUGCCUGUUCUGGACCUGGACAAAGGUUGCUCCAUCAUAACGGACCUGAUGGACAAACUCAUACCCACCUUUGGACAAGGCUUGUCCAACAGCUUCUACCCGGUGCCACAACGAGCCAUUGGAGUGGGCAGUGCCUUUGAAGGCUGGAGUCCCAGAGCAGAGGACCUUGUGUACCACCAUCAUGUCAUUCAAACCUUACUUAUUCCCAUUUUCACACAAAAAAUGCCACCUGAUAUAGUUUCAAAGCAGCUUAACCACUUUGUCAUAGGCAACGAGAGGCUUCCUAUGGAGAUCAGUUUGCCCUCCGACUUCCGCGUGGCUGAAGCACCCAACCUCUUCCAGCACCUAGCCAGCAAUCCAGAUGCCCACGUGAAGGCCAUGCAGGAGUACGUUCAUCUGCUGCAUCAGCUCAAACAAAUGCUGGUCUAAGCCCUUGAAAGAGACCCUCGCGCACAGAGCUGUGCUUGUGGGGCCUCAUUUACUAUAUAUAUGUUAAUACCUUCUAGUUACUGAAUUUACUGUAUAUAUUAGGACCCCCUAGUUAGUGAAUUUCCUAUAUAUACUAA